GGCUCCCUCUCUCUUUACCACAUUUCCAGCUUCUCCGUGCUCUCCGAUUUCGAUUCCAGACUUCAACUCCGUCGCCCUUCACAAGCAAUCAUGGCCAAGGGUCCUGGUCUUUACACCGAAAUCGGCAAAAAAGCCAGAGAUCUUCUUUACAAGGACUACCAGAACGACCAGAAAUUCACCAUUACUACCUACUCUCCAACCGGUGUUGCUAUCACUUCGACAGGAACUAAGAAAGGAGACGUAUUCUUGGCUGAUGUAGCUACCCAAUUGAAGAACAAGAAUAUCACAACUGACAUCAAAGUUGGCACGGAUUCCACUCUUCUGACCACUAUUACGGUUGAUGAGCCCGCCCCUGGGCUGAAGUCGAUCUUUAGCUUCAAGGUGCCUGAUCAGAGAUCUGGCAAGGUUGAGCUUCAGUACUUACAUGAUUACGCUGGCAUCAGCACCAGCAUUGGGUUGACUGCCAACCCGAUUGUGAACUUCUCCGGUGUAGUUGGCACCAACGUCUUAGCCCUUGGUACCGAUGUUUCCUUUGAUACCAAAACUGGAAAUUUCACCAAGUGCAAUGCUGGUCUGAGCUUCACCAAGGACGAUUUGAUUGCUUCCCUCACUCUGAACGACAAGGGAGACACAGUGAAUGCAUCAUACUACCACAUAGUGAACCCACUGAGCAACACAGCAGUAGGAGCAGAGGUGAGCCACAGCUUCUCGACGAACGAGAACACCAUAACAGUGGGAACACAGCACGCCCUCGACCCACUGACCGCUGUCAAGGCAAGAGUGAACAAUGCAGGCAAAGCAAGUGCCCUCAUCCAGCACGAGUGGCGCCCCAAGUCUUUCUUCACCAUCUCUGGAGAGGUUGACACCAAAGCCAUAGAAAAGAGCGCCAAGAUUGGUCUGGCUCUUGCCCUCAAGCCUUGAUCUUGGAAAUCCCAGUGGCAGUGACUCCUGUUGGUUUGGGUGCCUGCUCCUUCAUGGCUUCUUCUUCUCUCUUUUUCCCCCCCUUUUUUGGACAAAGAAGGGCUUAUAUGCUCUGAGCUUUUCCUUGAUCUCGUUGGGUUGGGUGUUGGAUUUGUAGAAAAUAAAAAAAAAAAUUAAUAAAAGAUUUAAGGAUCGUCGUCUCCGGGAUGAAACCUAUAAAGAACCUUCCGUUUUUUGGGCCUUUCAAGGGAAUUUGACCUGUUGUUAUCUUCUUA